AUGCUCUUUUCUACUCGCAUCUCCGCGCUCACCUGCCUCGCGCUCAGCUUGGCGGCCCAUGGUGCACCUACCAGCACCGAGACGACGAGCGUGUCCAUUCGCAACCCUCAAAGCGUCACCGGAGUCGUCCCCGAGCUCCUCGGUGCUCUCGACGGGGACCUGUCGCAGAUACUAGGCACCCUACUUUUUCCGAGUCCGAUUUCGACGAGCUUGCCCGCCAAGCGCCAGAUUUUCUCGGCGCUCACCCCCUUGAUUGAAGACAUCUUCGCCGAGGCUGCUGCUCUGGACGGCGCGCUGAAGGCGUGA